GCUUUUGAAGUCGCUGCCCUGCCUGCUUUCUGAUUCCAUGCUGCCUUUAUGUGCUCCGCAUAGCGUGUUUGUGUAUAUAUCCCCUUGUAUACCCUACCCUGGUUCGGGGAACCGGCUCCCAUCGAUGACUGGUUUGAAUGAACGUGAACUCUAUAUCCUACCUAUCGCGGCGGACAAUAUGUAUGGAAUCUGUGUCCUGAUUCUGAACCUCCAGGACUAUAGGGCUUUUACGAGACAGUCCGUCAUGGCAUAAACACCGGCAAUUUUGAUAUAUGUCAUGAUGCCGUGGUUCAUGAAUGACAAUGGCAAGUUAUUUCUCAUAUCUCGAUGAAGAGAGCCAAGUGUUCGUACGCCUUUGUUGCAGACUGUUGCACAAAUCGUCUCUCAUGGCCUUAUUUACCGAGAGGCGCCCAUAGUUCAACAACGCGUGUGGUCGUAAAAGACUCGGUUAAAUGUUGUUUUCCCUUGCUUUCACCCUGUCUUCUUGGAUUACCGAACAUGACAUUCCCUACCUGCCCACCGUUUAAACACGCAGAUGAACUUCCUUCUGAAGCAUCAUACUUCGACCACUUGACUAAUACGAUGGCGUGGUUCAGCAUCUGGGCUCUAUCUGGGAUUGAGCGACUCCACGCUCUCAUACCAAUCACUGAUCUCAUCCGGAAUCGACAAGCUCACCAGACUGCCAAAAUGCAGUGGAAUCAGGAUCCCAUCGUAGGAGGCGGUGUGGUGCCGUCUACGCGUGACCAUCGUAAGGCGUACUUCGAUAGGUGCAAGGAAAUGAGCACACGCGAAAUCCGAACUCCAGUUGACGCCGUGCUUCGCACCUUCUAUGCUAUGUCUUAUAUUCAAGUCUGUCUAAUGGAGGUGUUCAUCCGCCACCCUAACGACUCAGCACUCCUGGCUAGCACGCUCAGUACAUAUAAACAGAAAAGUGCCAGGCUGUCUGACACCUACGAUAUUCAAGCGCUCGAUCGUUCCCUGGUUUUCGACGAGAGGCCUCUUACGAAUCUGCUCGAUCGUAUCGGUGAGAAGUUCACAUAUUGGGAUGACGCCUUGCAAGAGGUCUUUGAGUGUGAGAUUGUGAAUGGCGGAGGGGACGUAGGCGAAGAAUGGUUCUCAAUCAAUAAGACUAUGGGGGGCCAAACUGAUGAAGACGUUAUCACAGCCAGACAGUUGGAGGCUUUAUUAUCCAGUCAAAUCUGACCCCGUGAAUUGUUCAUACCCUUGUAUCUAUUGUUUCUUGCUGUGUCAUUCACUAUUCGUUACUCGCCGUCUCUGCAUGUUUCUAUGUCAUUGUUGAAAAUUUUCAUGGAUGAGUUGC